CCUCCAUCUCUUCGCAGAUCCAUGCCUCUUUCCCCUGGAGCCGCGCCGCUCGGCCAAUCACAGGGCCGGAGUCCGCGCAUGCGCCCUUCGCGGGAAAGCGUGCCGCGAGCGGUGAUCGACGGCGGCGAGGCGAGCGGGGCUGUAACGCGCGGUCGAACCUGUCGCUCGAUUCCGUGGUGGUGUGGAUUCCUUGCGAGGUGCUUACGUGGGUAGAACGUUCGCGCGUGGUGUUGGUUUCGAGUCGUCUCGGCGAGGGCAAAAACGAGUCACCGAGGUUCGCCGCGCGGCUCUGCCAAGGAGCACGAUCACUCCGCGUUAUACGAGUUCUUGCAAAUGGAGUCCACCCAGAAGAGCACCGACUGCUACUUCUUCUACUACUCCACUUGCAUCAAGGGCGACAAUUGUGCGUUUAGACAUGAACCGGCCGCACUGGGAUGCGAAACCAUGUGUUCGUAUUGGCAGCAGGGUAACUGCCUCAACGAGCACUGUAAUUUUAGGCACAUGGAGUUAAAGAAAAACCGUAAAAUGAUUCCCUGUUACUGGGAGACACAGCCUUCGGGCUGCAGGAAGCCCCAUUGCUCGUUCUUGCACAAGAAAGCCCGGACAAUCAAUGAUCCAAUCAACCCGGUCAAACCUGCAACGAAACCAGCGAAUCCAGAGUGGUCGAACCGUCCUGAUGACACAAAGUUCGACGGUAGUAGCACCGAAUCCGACCAGGGUCGGGGUAGCAGCGAGGCCAGCAGUUUCAUCGGCAGCCCAGUAGUCGAUCCCCUUAUCGUCCAGUUCGAAGAAGAGUCGGACAAUGAGAGCGUACCCUCGCCGAUAAAGCCUCAGUCCCGCGUGCCCUACUGUAAGACAUACGAGGAGAUCAGGUUGGAGGAGAUCCAGGCUGAGAGCGCGGCGUAUUACUCGUACGAGCCCGACGACUUCCUGGGAGAGCCCGGGGGCGGGAAGGUGAAGACGAUGCCCCCGCGGGCGAGCCGAAGACCGGCCGGCGGCUACGAGCGGGACCGGAAGCGGAAGAGGCCGGAAACGGAGCCAGAGGGUAAGACGUCGAGCCUGGACUUCGGAGUGCUGAGCCUGGAGGAGAUCAAGAGGCGAAGGAGGCGAGCGGAGGACCAGCCCGAGCGGGAGUUCCUCAAGAGCGCGGUGAAGACGCUGGCCGAACUGAAGGCGGCCGCGGCAGUCGGUCAGCUGACCGGAGACCACGUGACAGGGGACCACGUGACCGAGGGCCCCUAUAUAACGGGCCGCGCCACGAAGGUCCCGCCAGUCCGGCUGAGGCGCUCGCCGCGGCGGUUCCUCCUCGACCGCGCCCCCGCCCCCCCGCGAGACCCGGAAGAGGCCUCCCAGACCGACGGCGCCGUGGAGAGGUUCCAGGACGCGGCCAACGCCGGCAGAGGCGCCGGGGUCGAGGUUAGGCUUUGCGACAGCAGCACCGACGACGCCCACAUGGCCCUCGUGGACGACGUCGCGCCCCCUGCCCAGGAUGUUAAAAUGGGCCUGCCCUGCGACAGCCUCCUGGUCGGCGCCCAGGACGAGGACUACAUGACCUUCGACACGCCUUCGGAUGAUAUCCUCAAGGACAUCGACGCCCUCCUGAAGGAUCGGAACGCGGUUUGAACUUACGCGGCCCCCUUGUGAAUCGACGUAUAUGGGGGAGGAAUCCCUUUCGCGAUCAGGGGCCGCUGCGAGACGGAAGUCAGAGACUGGGCAGGUGAUCUCGUCGACUUUGGCAUUAGCGAAUUACUUCAUGUACCCCCGCGAGUGGGCUUAGGUUGGUCGCCUUACCGAGGGGAUUCUCGAGGCCCGGGAACGCCUCUUGAGGAGGGGCACGGAACCCUCGGCGUUGGCGACGUCGGGGGUAGGUUUUGUAUCUAGAAGGAAUAUCUCCCGGAUCGCGAGUCUUGGCAUCGUGAUCGCGCCCUCGGGAAUCGAUUUUUUUUUAUCAGGCCGGAGUCCCGUCGAGCGCGUCAGCUGUCGAGAAGACCUUAUCAAACUGCGCUUGAUCCUCUGUAUCCUCUACAUGACUUUGAAGUCGCAAACUUGUACAUCUUUUAAAUGUUCAAUUUUUCAACAUAAUUUAAUGUGUGACACCUGCGUCUUUAUAACGCUGACUAAAUGCAUUUUAAUUUAUAAAAAUCCACGCUUGGCAAACACUUCUAAACAGUUAAUGUUGGGUUAAUAUUUGACAAUUUCACGUUUUAUUAGUAUUUUGACGGGAACAACGAAUUGGGUUUCAGAGGGUCGUGCCUUGGUUUUUAUUUUUAUUUUUAAGCAUCGACGCGUUAACCCUUCGCGAUCGGCACAUUUCUCUAAUGGGAGUACCAGCUAGUCGGAGCAAAUGUAAAACAUGACGCACAUCUCCAUGCCCCUAAAAAAUAAUUUCCUACAUUUGAGGGAUCAAGGCGAUGCGAAAGUGGCGUCGAAGAGGUUUUGUUUAUAAAACUUU